AGAGAGACAGAGAGAGAGAGACUUAUUUACCUCACAACGAGCAGAGGACGCUCCCUGGGUUCGGAUAUAAAUAUAUUUUUAAAACCUAUUCAGGAAAAUUAUGAGAUAAACACAGAAUUAAAGGGAGAAAAUGAUUCAUUUGGAGUUAAAGCACUUCACAGCAGAGUUCUAUCACGAGAAUGAUGGAGAACAUCGGACUGAUACGCGAUGACCCGAUUUUCUAGCGCAUCAUAAUGACACCCUGGUUUCCGGUUCUGUCGGGUUCUCAGUUCGGCCUCAUCCAUUGACGGACGAUGUUCCAGAAAGUGGAGCUGGAUCUGUGACGACGCUGGACAUCUGGACGUUUUUCUUUUGAAGAAAGGACCGAUUCGUUUUGUACCGAUUCGAUGUCGCUCUACAACGUAAACGAGUGCUCCGUGGCCGUGCCGGAGGACGCCAGGCCUUCUGUGAAAGCUCAUGACGCGAUGACACCGCGAUCAGACGGGUUCUCGUGCGUUCCGCGCUUUCUGCGGUUGUCCUUCUCGCCGGCGUCCCUCGAGAGGGUGUACCAGACGUACUUCCGGCGCCAGCGGCAGGAGACGCUGCUCGUCCUCGUGGUGUUCGCGGCACUUUUUAACUGCUACGUGAUCGUGAUGUGCGCCGUCGUGUACUCGGGGGAUAAGAUGGCGACGGUGGCGGUGGCGGGGGCGGGGCUCGGGGCAGAUAUGGUGCUGUACGUCUUCUGCAGGUUCCGCGUGCUGCCGGAGGCCGUGAUGCGCCACGCCGUGCCGCUCACGCUGUGGACCCUCAUCACUCUGCACGUGCUCUUUUACGUGGGAUUUAACUUCGCCGGGUUUAACGAGGCGAGCGACGCCGUCGGGUGGCAGACCUUCUUCACCUUCUCGCUGUUCCUCACCAUGCCGCUGCCGCUCACACACAUCCUCAUACUGGCGGCCAUCACAUGCAGCGUACACACGGCCCUGCUCGCCGCCGUCAUCACACUGAGGUGGCAGGUGAACCUCCAGAGCGCCGUACUGGUCCGACAGCUGGUGGCUAACGUGUUGCUGUACCUGUGCGCUGUGGUUGUGGGUGUGAUGUCGUAUUUCAUGGCCGAUCGUAAAUAUCGCACGGCGUUUCUGGAAGCCAAACAGUCGCUGGAGGUUCGACUCACACUGGAGGAACAGAGCCAACAACAGGAGGAGCUGUUGUUGUCCAUUUUGCCGAAGCACAUUGCUGAUGAGAUGCUGCAGGGAAUGAAGAACGAAGCUAAUCAGAAAUCAGAGGCUCAACAAUUCAACACAAUGUACAUGUACCGCCAUGAGAACGUCAGCAUCCUCUUUGCUGAUAUUGUAGGUUUUACUCAGUUGUCGUCGGCCUGCAGCGCACAGGAACUCGUCAAGCUGCUUAACGAACUCUUCGCCCGCUUCGACAAACUAGCUGCUCAAUACCACCAGUUGCGCAUUAAGAUCCUGGGUGAUUGUUAUUACUGUAUCUGUGGAUUACCGGAUUACCGUGAAGAUCACGCAGCAUGUUCCAUCAUGAUGGGCCUCGCCAUGGUGAAGGCCAUCUCGUACGUGCGUGAGAAGACUCAGACGGAGGUGGACAUGCGUGUGGGUGUGCACACCGGGACAGUUCUGGGCGGAGUUUUAGGACAGAAACGUUGGCAGUUUGAUGUCUGGUCCACUGACGUCACCGUCGCUAACAAGAUGGAGUCCGGCGGAAUCCCGGGGCGUGUACACAUCUCCCAGGCAACGAUGGACUGUCUGCAUGGAGAGUUCGAGGUGGAGCCGGGGAACGGAGGAGAACGCUGCGAGUACCUGAUGGAGAAAGGUAUCGACACCUACCUGGUGCUUGUUCCCAAGGAAACAGACACAGUGGGCGGAGUCAGCAACGGAUGGACGGGUGGUGUGCUGACCAAUGGGAAGUCUGCUCCGCUCAUCGCCACCACAGAGACCGUGGGCAGUGUGUGUUCGGUCCGCAGCGUCGCUAAUGACACGGGCGAGGAAAACACACAGAAGCUGCAGUUGAGCAGUCUGUCAGAUGGAGAGCUGGAGAACCAACAGGAACUAAACCGACUGCUGAGCAAAGCGCUGCUGGACAGAGAGUCUGAGAAGACGAUGAAGGAGAAGAGCACCAACGCUCUGUCUCUGCACUUUGUUGAUUCUGAUCUCGAGUCUCGUUACUCGGCAGAGAAGGAGCGUCAGACUGGCGUUGCGUUCAGCUGCAGCUGCAUCGUUCUUCUCUUCACCUCCAUCAUGGAAGUGCUCAUCGAUCCUCAGCUGACAGUAAACUAUGUAACGUUGGUGUUGGGUGAAGUGCUGCUCCUCAUCCUCACCAUCUGCUCACUGGCAGCCAUUUUCCCACGACUGUUCUCAGAGAAGCUGGUGUCGUUCUCGAUGUGGAUCGAUCGGACACGCUGGGCGCGGAACACCUGGGCGAUGGCGGCCAUCUUUGUUCUGGCCAUGGCUGAGGUGGCUGACAUGCUGAGCUGUGUUCAGCCCUCUGUCAUUCUAUUCAACACCACUUCGGGUUUAACGCUCAAGUUUCUUGGUGAUGGCGGUUGUGUUGAAAACCCCCAACACUACAGCUUCAUAGCCGUGCUGUCGCUCGUGGCAACCAUGAUGCUCGUUCAGGUCAGUCACCUCGUUAAGCUCGCGCUAAUGGCGCUCAUCACCGUGGCAACCGCCAUAGUGGACAUCUACAGCUGGAGUACCAUUUAUGAAAUCUACGACAUCAUACGCUUCAUGAACUACAGGUAUGACCUGGUUCCUUCCAAAUACCUGAUGACGGUGAUGAUCAUUGUGAUGAUGAUUAGCUUUUACUACUUUGCUCGGCAUGUGGAGCGUCAGUCUCGUAAGUUGUUUCUGUGGAAGAUUGAGGUUCAUGAUCAGAAGGAGAGAGUGUAUGAGAUGAGGACGUAUAACGAGGCUCUGGUCACUAACAUGCUGCCAGAACAUGUGGCCAAACACUUUCUGGGCUCCAAGAAACGAGAUGAGGAGCUGUACAGUCAGUCGUACGAUGAGAUCGGUGUGAUGUUUGCAUCCAUCCCAAAUUUCUCGGAUUUCUACACAGAAGAGAGCAUCAACAACGGCGGCAUUGAGUGUCUGCGCAUCCUGAAUGAGAUCAUCUCCGACUUCGACUCUCUGCUGGACCGGCCUGAGUUUCUCUGCAUCACUAAAAUAAAGACAAUCGGCAGCACGUACAUGGCGGCUUCAGGAGUGACGCCGGAGAGCAACACGAACGGCUACAGCAGCCGAAAGAAGGAGGAUCAGUGCAUUCUGGAACGCUGGCAGCAUUUAGCUGAUUUGGCAGAUUUUGCUCUGGCGAUGAAAGUCACAUUGAACAACCUCAACAAACAGAGCUUCAACAGCUUCAUGCUGCGCAUCGGAUUAAACAUGGGUGGUGUGUUAGCCGGUGUGAUCGGAGCUCGGAAGCCUCACUAUGAUAUUUGGGGAAACACUGUGAAUGUGGCCAGUCGCAUGGAAUCCACUGGAGUUAUGGGUAAUAUCCAGGUGGUGGAGGACUGCUAUAAGAUCCUGAGGGAGUACGGGUUCCGCUUCGUACGCAGAGGACCGAUCUACGUGAAGGGAAAAGGAGAACUGCUCACCUACUUCAUGAAGGGAAAAGACAAACCGCCGCCCACAAACGGCACCACCGUCAUCCCGCCCCUCCCCCACCAGAUACCCCCCCACAACUGAACACACACACACACACACACACACGUCCUAAUGAGACACGAUGUCAUCCAGGUGCUGAGGGACAACACGUUACCCUGUGAAAGGGGGCGGAGCUUAGUUUACAUCUGCUCAGCGAAUCAGAAACUUCAAACAUGAAUAGUUAAUUUAACGUUAGUUAGCAGGUUAGCUGUCUCUGCGCUAUUGUUAACCUAUUGUUGUUGUUGUUAUUAUUAAUUCCUUGUAUUAUUUAUUUAAUUACUUUAGUUACUGCAUUUUAUUAUUUGACUUUGAUGUCUUUAUUUGUUAUUUUGUUUAAUUUGUUUGUAAAUUCUUUAAUAUAGUUUUUACUUGUUUGUUUGUUUUCAUUUCAAACUGUUGCUCAGUGUUUGAGUUUCUACUGAACUUUUAACAUUUAAAACAAAACAAAACAUAGAUACUGGUUUUAUUUACACCUGAAAUCAUUUCAUCUAACGUUAGCAAGCUAAGUUCGCUAGCUACGAAUGUCGUUACGUAGCUAAAGAGCUUGGGUUUACGUUAUUAAAGCUAAUAUUAGCACAGAGCGGUGUUUAAUUAGAUCGUUGGCUUAGCUAAUGCUGUUAUGCUCUUAUAUUACAUAAUUAACGGCAAUAUGUUAAUGCUAUGUUACGCUAAACACUGAGUGAACAAAAAGGGGUGGUGUCACAUGAUCAGGAUGACAAUUGGCUGAUCAGAUUUAAUUGAAGCUCUGCCCCUGGACACGCCCCCAGACACAGAACAGCUGUAUAAAUGUAGCUGAUUUCUUAAAUUACGCUAAACACUCUUCUGUAGCGUUCGACUUUUUUUUUCUCAGAUCUUUUCUUUUCUUUCUACUCGCUCAUUACGGCUGUGUAAAAGUAAUGGCACCUUCGUUACUAUAUAAAUAAAUAAAUAUAAAUAUUAAAGUUCCUGCAUCAGUGUUCUGCUUCACAUCGGAUCACAUUUCUGUCCUAUAAAUAACCUUUAUAUCACACACACACACACACACACACACUCAACAUAAUCAAACAAUUCAGUGAAAUGAAGUUCACAGGCUGAAAUGAUUAUGAUUUUAUUUCCUGUGUGUAAAUUCUCUGGAUGUUUAGAGAUAAUAAUCUCAGCUUUUAUCAUUUUAUGUGAAUGUUUCAUGUCUGUGUGUAAAAAAAAAAGAU